CACCAACCUGCCCUUUUUGGCGACUGUCACAUUGAUUUUGUGCAAUGGUUUUCCGUUUUAGAAUCACUUUUAUGCCUCACCUAUAUAUCUAACCACCUCUACAAACUCUCUCCCCAACCUGCCAAACUUCUCUCUCUUCUCAGAUUACCUUUUCCGGGCCAUCUCUCUCUCUCUCUCUCUCUCUCUCUCUCUCAUGGCUAACGGCCAAGGCACCCAGGAUGUCCCCGGAAAUGGAAUCAAGCUAUUUGGGGCGACGAUAACAUUGCAGAGUAGACAGGUGAAGGAAGAACAGAAAGGGGCUGAUCAAACGGUGGAAAAGAGGCCGGAUAAGAUCAUACCAUGCCCAAGAUGCAAGAGCAUGGAGACUAAGUUUUGUUACUUCAACAACUACAACGUCAACCAGCCUAGGCAUUUCUGUAAGGGCUGCCAGAGGUACUGGACGGCCGGCGGGGCUCUCCGGAACGUGCCGAUCGGUGCCGGCCGGCGGAAAACCAAGCCGCCGCCUCACGGGCUAGGUGGGUUCUCUGAGGGUUGCUUGUAUGAUGCUGAUGGGUUGCACCAGUUUGACUUUGAUGGAUCAGUGGUCGAGGAGUGGCAUGUCAUGGCGGCCCAGGGAGGUUACCGGAAUGUUUUCCCGGCGAAGCGGCAGAGGAGUGGCUCAGGCCAAAAUCAAUCUGAUCAGAGGGCUAUGAUCCAAAUUUAUCAAACUUAAGGGCACGGGAAAUCAACGGAUGCAAUUAAUCUUGGAUACGGGCAAAGUGGAUGGAUAAGAUGGCUGCAUGACCAUCAAAAGUUGAGGCAUAUAUGAUGAUCCCAUGGAUUACACAAAACCGUAAGCUACUCUAUAGCCAUAACAUGCAUGCAUCAGUGCAAUCACAUGAAUAUAUACCAUCCGAUAGUGUUGAUAUGUGGGCCAUGGCCAUCCUGAUUUACAUAAAAAAGUUUCUGAUGUACGUUGACUGUAAAUUUAGGGUGUUCAUAUUAAUGGAAUUUUAUCCUCGUAAAA